GCGGCGAGCGCUCCGGAGGAUGCUGGCACUCGGGCUUCGCUGCUCUCUGGAUGCUUUUCAACUUCUCUCCCAAGCGCAGGAGCUUUGAAGUCAUUUGUCCCUCUCCGGUUGGAUCGACUUCUUAUUUUGAUAUUUUGGGCGUUGCGGUUUACGCAGGAACCUCAAUACCGCUCUCCUCCCUCCCUCCCUCUCUCCUUCUCCACCUUUGGAUGCGUCUGUGCUGGCAGGUUUAAAGACCCAAGUCUUGGUUGUGGAAUUUCUUAGAUGGACUUGCAGGGGCCGGCGUUAUAAAGCAUGUCAACGUAACCUCGUCCUUGUCUUUUUUUUUUUUUGAAAAGUUCUUUUGUUUUCAUUUUUCCCCUCCCCCAUCAGUAAAUUACCAAACUGUUACCUAGCGGGCCGGUGCCUGCCUCUCUCCCAGAACUAGGUGGUGCGUCUACCAGAAGAGGAGCUAUGUUUGAAGAGCAGCCUACUCCACCCCUCUUCUCUCCAGUCCCUGAACGCCACCACACACUGGCAUUUUGAAAAAAAAAAAAAAAUUGUCUCCAGAAACGGAGCACCCCCCAGCUCUCCCCCCCUCUUUUUUUCCUCCUUGAGGAAUGGAGCUUCGCAGAGGUUGCAUUUAGAUUCAACAGUUCAGAGCGGCGGGGUUGCUGCUGCCGCCUCUCCGAAGAGCUCGCGAGGCUCCCCGAGGCGGUGGUCCCUGUGCCCGUCUGGAUGCGGCUCUGAGACUCCGUGUAUCUUUCUGCUUGUUGCUGUGUGCGGGUGUUCGGCCACGAUCACCUUUGUGUGUCUUCUGUCUGUUUAAACUUCAGGAUGGCUCGCUUCGGGGAGGCGGUGGUCGGCAGGCCGGGGUCGGGCGAUGGAGACUCGGACCAGAGCAGGAACCGGCAAGGAACCCCCGUGCCGGCCUCAGGGCCGGCGGCCGCCUACAAGCAGUCGAAAGCGCAGAGGGCGCGGACUAUGGCUUUGUACAACCCUAUUCCCGUCCGGCAGAACUGUUUCACCGUCAACAGAUCCCUGUUCAUCUUCGGAGAAGAUAACAUUGUCAGGAAAUACGCCAAGAAGCUCAUCGAUUGGCCGCCGUUUGAGUACAUGAUCUUGGCCACCAUCAUUGCCAAUUGCAUCGUCUUGGCCCUGGAGCAACAUCUUCCUGAGGACGACAAGACCCCAAUGUCCCGCAGACUGGAGAAGACAGAACCCUAUUUCAUUGGGAUCUUCUGCUUCGAAGCUGGGAUCAAAAUCGUGGCCCUGGGGUUCAUCUUCCAUAAAGGCUCGUACCUCCGCAAUGGUUGGAACGUCAUGGACUUCAUCGUGGUCCUCAGUGGCAUCCUGGCUACUGCGGGAACCCACUUCAACACCCAUGUGGACCUGAGGACCCUCCGGGCUGUGCGUGUCCUGAGGCCCCUGAAGCUCGUGUCGGGGAUACCUAGCCUACAGAUUGUGUUGAAGUCCAUCAUGAAGGCUAUGGUGCCUCUUCUGCAGAUUGGCCUUCUGCUCUUCUUUGCUAUCCUGAUGUUUGCUAUCAUCGGCUUGGAGUUCUACAGUGGAAAGUUGCACCGAGCAUGCUUCAUGAACAAUUCAGGUAUUCUAGAAGGAUUUGACCCCCCUCACCCAUGUGGCGUGCAGGGCUGCCCAGCUGGUUAUGAAUGCCGGGACUGGAUUGGCCCCAAUGAUGGGAUCACCCAGUUUGAUAACAUCCUUUUUGCCGUGCUGACUGUCUUCCAGUGCAUCACCAUGGAAGGGUGGACCACCGUGUUGUACAAUACCAAUGAUGCCUUAGGAGCCACCUGGAAUUGGCUGUACUUCAUCCCCCUCAUCAUCAUUGGAUCCUUCUUUGUUCUCAACCUCGUCCUGGGAGUGCUUUCCGGGGAAUUUGCCAAAGAGAGAGAAAGAGUGGAGAACCGGAGAGCCUUCAUGAAACUGCGGCGCCAGCAGCAGAUCGAGCGUGAGCUGAAUGGGUACCGCGCCUGGAUAGACAAAGCAGAGGAAGUCAUGCUUGCUGAAGAAAACAAAAAUGCUGGAACAUCAGCCUUAGAAGUGCUUCGGAGGGCAACCAUCAAAAGAAGCCGGACCGAGGCCAUGGCACGGGACUCCAGCGACGAGCACUGCGUGGACAUCUCCUCUGUGGGCACACCUCUCGCCCGAGCCAGCAUCAAGAGCGCAAAGGUGGAUGGGGCCUCCUAUUUCCGGCACAAGGAGCGGCUUUUGCGUAUCUCUAUCCGCCACAUGGUUAAGUCCCAGGUGUUUUACUGGAUCGUGCUGAGCCUUGUGGCUCUCAACACUGCCUGUGUGGCCAUCGUCCAUCACAACCAGCCCCAGUGGCUCACCCACCUCCUCUACUAUGCAGAGUUUCUGUUUCUGGGGCUCUUCCUUCUGGAGAUGUCCCUGAAGAUGUAUGGCAUGGGGCCUCGCCUUUAUUUUCACUCUUCCUUCAACUGCUUUGACUUUGGGGUCACAGUGGGCAGCAUCUUUGAAGUAGUCUGGGCCAUCUUCAGACCUGGUACAUCUUUCGGAAUCAGUGUCCUGCGAGCUCUCCGGCUUCUAAGAAUAUUUAAAAUAACCAAGUAUUGGGCAUCCCUCCGGAAUUUGGUGGUUUCCUUGAUGAGUUCCAUGAAGUCUAUCAUCAGUUUACUCUUCCUCCUUUUCCUCUUCAUCGUUGUCUUUGCUCUCCUAGGAAUGCAGCUGUUUGGGGGCAGGUUCAACUUUAACGAUGGGACUCCUUCAGCAAACUUCGACACCUUCCCUGCAGCCAUCAUGACUGUAUUCCAGAUCCUGACGGGUGAGGACUGGAAUGAGGUGAUGUACAACGGGAUCCGCUCCCAGGGCGGGGUCAGCUCGGGCAUGUGGUCUGCUAUCUAUUUCAUUGUGCUCACCUUGUUUGGAAACUACACACUGCUGAAUGUGUUCUUGGCCAUCGCUGUGGACAAUCUGGCCAACGCCCAGGAGCUGACCAAGGAUGAACAGGAAGAAGAGGAGGCCUUCAACCAGAAGCAUGCGCUGCAGAAGGCCAAGGAGGUCAGCCCGAUGUCUGCACCCAACAUGCCUUCCAUCGAAAGAGACAGGAGGAGAAGACACCACAUGUCGAUGUGGGAGCCACGCAGCAGCCACCUGAGGGAGCGGAGGCGCCGGCAUCACAUGUCCGUGUGGGAACAGCGAACCAGCCAGCUGAGGAGGCACAUGCAGAUGUCCAGCCAGGAGGCCCUCAACAAGGAGGAGGCCCCGCCCAUGAACCCCCUCAACCCCCUCAACCCGCUGAGCCCCCUCAACCCACUCAAUGCGCACCCCAGCCUCUACCGGAGACCCCGGCCCAUUGAGGGGCUCGCCCUGGGCCUGGGGCUGGAGAAGUGUGAGGAAGAGCGAGUCAGCCGCGGGGGGUCCCUCAAGGGGGACAGCGGGGACCUGGCGAGCGCCCUGGACAGCCAGAGGAGCCCCCUGGCCCUAGGCAAACGGGAGCCGCCCUGGCUGGCCCGGCCCUGUCACGGGAACUGCGACCCGACCCAGCCAGAGGCGGGCGGCGGGGAGACGGUGGUGACCUUCGAGGAGCGGGCCCGGCACAGGCAGAGCCAGCGCCGCAGCCGGCACCGUCGUGUCAGGACCGAGGGCAGGGAGCCCUCCUCCGCCUCCAGGAGCAGGUCCGCCAGCCAGGAGCGGAGUCUGGACGAAGCUGUGCCUGGUGAGGGGGAAAGGGACCGCGAGCCCAGGGCCGGCCACGGGGGCAAAGAACCCAUGAUCCAGGAGGAAGAGCGAGAGCGAUCCCAGGACUUACGGAGGACCAACAGUCUGAUGGUGCCCAGAGGCUCCGGGCUGGCAGGAGCCCUGGAUGAGGCCGACACACCCCUUGUCCGGCCCCAGCCAGAGCUGGAAGUGGGAAAAAACUCGGCCCUGACGCAGGAGCAGGAGCCAGAGGGCAGCAGUGAGCAGGCUCUGCUGGGGGAUGUGCAGCUGGACAUGGGCCGGGUCAGCCAGAGCGAGCCGGACCUCUCCUGCGUCACGGCCAACAUGGACAAGGCCACCACCGAGAGCACCAGCGUCACUGUCACCAUCCCCGACGUGGGCCCCAUGGUGGACUCAACCGUGGUGCACAUCAGCAACAAGACUGAUGGAGAAGCCAGUCCCUUGAAAGAGGCAGAGAUCAGAGAGGAUGAGGAGGAGGUGGAGAAGAAGCAGCCGAAGAAGGAGAAGCGUGAGACGGGCAAAGCCAUGGUGCCUCACAGCUCGAUGUUCAUCUUCAGCACCACCAACCCGAUCCGCAGGGCCUGCCACUACAUUGUGAACCUGCGCUACUUUGAGAUGUGCAUCCUCCUGGUGAUCGCAGCCAGCAGCAUCGCCCUGGCAGCCGAGGACCCCGUCCUGACCAACUCAGAGCGCAACAAAGUGCUGAGGUAUUUUGACUAUGUGUUCACUGGCGUGUUCACCUUUGAGAUGGUUAUAAAGAUGAUAGACCAGGGCUUGAUUCUGCAGGACGGCUCCUACUUCCGAGACCUGUGGAAUAUCCUGGACUUCGUGGUGGUGGUUGGUGCAUUGGUGGCCUUUGCUCUGGCGAAUGCUUUGGGAACCAAUAAGGGCCGGGACAUCAAGACCAUCAAGUCCCUGAGGGUUCUCCGUGUCCUGAGGCCGCUGAAGACCAUCAAGCGCCUGCCCAAGCUCAAGGCUGUCUUCGACUGUGUGGUCACCUCCUUGAAAAACGUCUUCAACAUACUCAUUGUCUAUAAGCUCUUCAUGUUCAUCUUUGCUGUCAUCGCAGUUCAGCUUUUCAAGGGCAAAUUCUUCUACUGCACGGACAGUUCCAAGGACACAGAGAAGGAGUGCAUAGGCAACUAUGUAGAUCAUGAAAAAAACAAGAUGGAGGUGAAAGGCCGAGAGUGGAAGCGCCAUGAAUUCCAUUAUGACAACAUCAUCUGGGCUCUGCUGACCCUCUUCACCGUCUCCACAGGAGAAGGAUGGCCUCAAGUCUUGCAGCACUCGGUCGAUGUAACAGAGGAAGACCGAGGCCCGAGCCGCAGCAACCGGAUGGAAAUGUCCAUCUUUUACGUGGUCUACUUUGUGGUCUUCCCUUUCUUCUUUGUCAACAUCUUUGUGGCUCUCAUCAUCAUCACCUUCCAGGAGCAAGGGGACAAGAUGAUGGAGGAGUGCAGCCUGGAGAAGAACGAGAGAGCGUGCAUCGACUUCGCCAUCAGCGCCAAACCGCUCACCCGCUACAUGCCCCAGAACAGGCACACCUUCCAGUACCGCGUCUGGCACUUCGUGGUGUCUCCAUCCUUUGAGUACACCAUCAUGGCCAUGAUCGCCCUGAACACCGUCGUGCUGAUGAUGAAGUACUACUCUGCUCCCUGCACCUAUGAGCUGGCCCUGAAGUACCUAAACAUCGCCUUCACCAUGGUGUUUUCCCUGGAAUGUGUCCUGAAGAUCAUUGCGUUUGGCUUCUUGAACUAUUUCCGAGACACCUGGAAUAUCUUUGACUUCAUCACCGUGAUUGGCAGUAUCACAGAAAUUAUUCUGACGGACAGCAAGCUGGUGAACACCAGUGGCUUCAACAUGAGCUUUCUGAAGCUCUUCCGAGCGGCCCGCCUCAUCAAGCUGCUGCGUCAGGGCUACACCAUCCGCAUUUUACUGUGGACCUUCGUGCAGUCCUUUAAGGCCCUUCCCUAUGUCUGCCUUCUGAUUGCCAUGCUUUUCUUCAUCUACGCCAUCAUUGGGAUGCAGGUCUUUGGAAACAUAAAGUUAGAUGAGGAGAGUCACAUCAACCGGCACAACAACUUUCGGAGCUUCUUUGGGUCCCUCAUGCUGCUCUUCAGGAGUGCCACGGGUGAGGCCUGGCAGGAGAUAAUGCUGUCGUGUCUCGGGGAGAAGGGCUGUGAGCCCGACACCACUGCGCCGUCGGGGCAGAGCGAGAGUGAACGCUGUGGCACCGACCUGGCCUACGUGUACUUCGUCUCCUUCAUCUUCUUCUGCUCCUUCCUGAUGCUCAACCUGUUCGUGGCUGUCAUCAUGGACAACUUUGAGUACCUGACUCGGGACUCAUCCAUCCUUGGGCCUCACCACCUGGAUGAGUUUGUCCGUGUCUGGGCAGAAUAUGACAGAGCAGCAUGUGGCCGCAUCCAUUACACUGAGAUGUAUGAAAUGCUGACUCUCAUGUCACCGCCGCUAGGCCUCGGCAAGAGAUGUCCCUCCAAGGUGGCAUAUAAGAGGUUGGUCUUGAUGAACAUGCCAGUGGCCGAGGACAUGACCGUCCACUUCACUUCCACGCUGAUGGCUCUGAUCCGGACAGCUCUGGACAUUAAAAUCGCCAAAGGUGGUGCAGACAGGCAGCAGCUGGACUCAGAGCUCCAGAAGGAGACCCUGGCCAUCUGGCCUCACCUGUCCCAGAAGAUGCUGGAUCUGCUCGUGCCCAUGCCCAAAGCCUCUGACCUGACUGUGGGCAAAAUCUAUGCAGCAAUGAUGAUCAUGGACUACUACAAACAGAGCAAGGUGAAGAAGCAGAGGCAGCAGCUGGAGGAACAGAAAAAUGCACCCAUGUUCCAGCGCAUGGAGCCCUCGUCUCUGCCUCAGGAGAUCAUCGCUAAUGCCAAAGCCCUGCCUUAUCUCCAGCAGGACCCCGUUCCAGGCCUGAGUGGCCGGAGUGCAUACCCUUCGAUGAGUCCACUCUCCCCGCAGGAAAUAUUCCAGUUGGCCUGUAUGGACCCAGCUGAUGAUGGACAGUUCCAGGAACAACAAUCUCUGGAGCCAGAGGUUAGUGAAUUAAAAAGCGCGCAGCCCUCUAACCAUGGCAUCUACCUUCCUUCGGACACCCAGGAGCAUGCGGGCUCUGGGAAGGCAUCCUCUAUGCCACGCCUGACUGUGGAUCCCCAGGUGGUGACAGACCCCAGCUCCAUGAGACGUUCAUUUUCCACCAUUCGCGAUAAGCGUUCGAAUUCCUCGUGGCUGGAGGAAUUCUCCAUGGAGCGAAGCAGCGAAAACACCUACAAGUCGCGACGCCGGAGUUACCACUCCUCCCUGAGGCUGUCAGCCCACCGUCUGAACUCUGACUCAGGCCACAAGUCCGACACUCACCGCUCAGGGGGCAGAGAGCGGGGACGAUCGAAAGAGCGAAAGCAUCUUCUUUCUCCCGACGUCUCCCGCUGCAACUCCGAGGAGCGAGGGACCCAGGCUGACUGGGAGUCCCCAGAGCGCCGUCAGUCCCGGUCUCCCAGUGAAGGCAGGUCACAGACCCCCAACAGACAGGGCACCGGGUCCCUGAGUGAGAGCUCCAUCCCCUCCAUGUCCGACUCCAGCACCCCACGGCGAAGUCGGCGGCAGCUCCCACCGGUCCCUCCCAAGCCUCGGCCCCUCCUUUCCUACAGCUCUCUGCUGAGACACACUGGGAGCAUCUCCCCACCAGCUGAUGGGAGCGAGGGUGGCUCCCCACUGACCUCCCAAGCUCUGGAGAGCAACGACGCCGGCCUGCCCGAGUCUUCCAACCCCCGGCAGGGCCACCCUUCCCCACAGCGCUACAUCUCCGAGCCCUACCUGGCCCUGCACGAAGACUCCCACGCCUCGGACUGCGGCGAGGAGGAGACACUCACCUUUGAGGCGGCCGUGGCCACCAGCCUGGGCCGGUCCAACACCAUCGGCUCGGCCCCGCCCCUGCGGCACAGCUGGCAGAUGCCCAACGGGCACUAUCGGCGGCGGAGGCGCGGGGGGCCUGGACCGGGCAUGACGUGCGGAGCUGUCAGCGACCUCCUGAGUGACACGGAAGAAGACGACAAGUGCUAGAGGCUGCUCCCCCCUCCGAUGCAUGCUCUUCUCUCACACGGAGAAAAACCAAGACCCGAAUUGGGAAGCCAGUGCGGCCCGGGGGGGAGGAAGAGGGAGGAAGGAGCUGGAAGGACACCGCGCAGUUAUCAGAGGAGAGGAAGGGAAGGACAGAAGGCAAACCACUCAAACCCACCAAAUCGCUGUAUUUCCCUUUGCAAGAUGGGCACUGCCAUAGUUCUGCCUCUUUGCUGGGGAAAGAAAAACACAAGAACCACGGAGGGUUACUCCCAGGGGAGAAGGGACACGCGGAUGGCUUUGCCUCCCCUUGCCCCCUUCCCAGUUUUCUACAGCCGUUGGGGGAAAUCGAGCCAGCCUGUGUCUGUGCCCAUUGCCCUGAGAAGCCCUGGAGAUGUUCUGGCUCUUCACCGGGGGAGUCGUGGAGACCCCGGGAGAGGAAUCGCCUCCCUCACCAGCUCUUCCUCCUCAGCCAGCACCACGGCCACCGGGCCGCCGCGACAGCAUCUCACGCGUUUCCCUGUGGCUUGCUUCCCCGCAAGGAGCACAGGCUAAGUUCAGGAGCAUCGGAUGUCAAGGGUGGGAGGCACAGAGGGAGGGGAGCGGCGAAGGGGAAGGGGUCGGGGUGCCGUGAUGGCAGCAGCAAGGGCUGGUCUGAAUGAGCCAAGCCAUAGUCCGGCAGCCCUCACUGUCGAGGCAGGGGCGCUGGUCGCUACAGUCCUGUCUGAGCCUGUCACCCGCUCAGGAGGUGCUGUGUUCAUUAAGAUAGAGGCUAAGAGGUUCCCCCUAGUCCAGGAAGGUGCCUGAGGCACUCUGGUGAGGGUGAUAUUCUCAGAGUAUGGAACAAUCGGUGUGGCCAGGACACCAGAUGAUGAGAACAGAGGUCAGCCUUAGCGCUGACGCCCCAUGCCACAACAGGCCUCAGUCUGGGAGAUGCUGGGCACAGGGGAGCCCUGAGAGGGGCUAAGCGUGGUGGAGGCACUUCAGGGACUCAGCAAGAGUCAGUUUUCCAACGACUAUGGAGGUAAUUCGGUAUGUGGAGCGGGGCGGCACUGUCUCGCACAUACUGGCUGAGUGUGAGCCCAGACUUUGGUCUACGAGCCAGGCCCAUGUCGUGCCAAGGCCAGUGAGCCCCAGUGCCAAGGACCUGGCCACCCCCACCUAUAUAAGGUGGGCUACACCUCACCUGCUGGGGACUUCCGUAGAGAUGAGAAAGGCCAAAACCAGAGAUGCUUCGAUGAGAGAAUCAGUUUACUGAGGUGUUCCUGUGAGGGA